AUGUCGUUCGGUGGCCAAACCCCCACGAUCAUUGUGCUGAAAGAAGGCACGGAUUCGUCGCAGGGAAAGGGGCAGAUCAUCAGUAAUAUCAAUGCUUGUAUAGCUGUGCAAGCGACGAUACGAAGUACGCUGGGUCCGUACGGCGGGGAUUUGCUGCUUGUGGAUUCGAAUGGCAGACAAACGAUCACAAAUGAUGGUGCUACUGUUAUGAAGCUGCUUGAUAUCGUACACCCGGCCGCGCGAAUCCUGACCGAUAUUGCGAGAUCACAAGAUGCUGAGGUGGGAGAUGGGACGACGUCUGUGGUCGUGCUGGCUGGCGAAAUUCUCAAGGAGAUCAAGGACCAUGUCGAGCAGGGAGUUAGCUCGCAGACUAUUGUCAAGGGGUUGAGGAGAGCUUCUGCGAUGGCGGUUAAUAAGGUGAAGGAAAUUGCUGUGAAUACGAGUGACAGCAACAAGAGGGAGACUUUGGGCAAAUUAGCUGGAACGGCUAUGAGCAGCAAGCUGAUUAAGAGGAAUACCUCUUUCUUCACAAAAAUGGUUGUCGACGCUGUCCUGUCUCUCGACCAAGACGACCUCAACGAGAAGCUCAUUGGAAUCAAGAAAAUCCCCGGCGGCUCUCUUACAGACUCCCUUUUUGUCAACGGUGUAGCGUUCAAGAAGACCUUCUCCUACGCCGGUUUCGAACAACAACCUAAAUCCUUCAAGAACCCCAAGAUCGUCUGCCUGAACGUUGAGCUCGAGCUCAAGUCCGAGAAAGACAACGCUGAAGUACGCGUUGAGCAAGUCUCGGAAUACCAAGCCAUUGUCGAUGCAGAAUGGCAAAUCAUCUACAACAAGAUGGAAGCUAUUUACAAGACCGGUGCUAAGGUUGUGUUGUCAAAGUUACCGAUUGGAGAUUUGGCUACGCAGUAUUUUGCGGAUAGAGACAUCUUCUGUGCUGGACGAGUCUCCUCCGACGACCUUGAGCGCGUCAUUCAAGCAACCGGCGGUUCCAUCCAAUCGACCUGCUCAGACAUCCGCCCCGAGCACCUCGGGACUUGCGGUUUCUUCGAGGAGCGACAAAUUGGUGGAGAGCGCUUUAACUUCUUUGAAGACUGCCCUGCGGCUAAGACAUGCACCCUGGUGCUCCGCGGUGGAGCAGAGCAGUUCAUUGCAGAAGUAGAACGCUCGCUCCACGACGCAAUCAUGAUCGUCAAGCGCGCCAUCAAGAACAACACCAUCGUCGCCGGUGGCGGCGCGUGCGAGAUGGAAGUGUCGGCCUACCUGCACCGCUACGCGGACAAGAACGUUCCGCACAAGCAGCAAGCGAUCAUCAAAUCGUUCGCCAAAGCGCUCGAGGUGAUCCCGCGCCAGCUCUGCGACAAUGCCGGCUUCGACGCCACGGACAUCCUGAACAAGCUGCGGGUCGAGCACCGGAAGGGGAACGUGUGGGCCGGCGUCGAUUUCGUGCACGAGGGUAUCGCGGAUAAUCUGGAGGCGUUUGUGUGGGAGCCGGCGUUGGUGAAGAUUAAUGCUAUUCAGGCGGCGACCGAGGCGAGCUGUCUGAUCCUGAGUGUUGAUGAGACGAUCAAGAACGAGGAGAGUGCGCAGCCGCAGGCGCCGCAAAGAGGGUUACCGCCCGGAGCUGCGCAGAGGGUGUUGAGGGGUAGAGGGAGAGGUAUGCCGAGACGGUAG